GACAGCUAUAGGAACAGACAGCAGAUAUACUGACCACAUACACAUCAUGGCUCCUUGUAUGACUAUACAGAAGGCUGCUGGGCAAGCAGAACAUGAAAUAAGAAAGCUGAGAAAGCCAGUGAUUGAGAAGAUGAGGAGAGAUCGCAUUAACAGCAGCAUUGAGCAGCUCAGAACUUUACUGGAGAAAGAGUUUCACAAACAUCAACUUCCAUCCAAACCAGAGAAAGCAGAUAUUCUGGAGAUGACAGUGACCUUCCUGCAGCAGCAAUUGGCAGGGAAAUAUGUGUCAAAACCCAGCCAAGCCCAUGCAGAAGGAUACCGCAAAAGUGUCCAGGACUCUGUCAAUUACUUGUCGGGUUAUGAUCAAAGACACCAGAACAAGCUGAUGAAACAUUUUAACACUCAUCAAACAGCUUCUCAAGAACUGUCACAUGCAACAAUGUACUCCACUCCUUCCACAGUAGAGUCUAUUCAGACUGAUCCUGGACAAUCCCUGCACAACAACAGAAAGAGCCUCUGGAGACCUUGGUGAUGGUGGAAAGAUGUCCUUCAGACUGAGUCUAGAUCAUUGGAAAAGCCACAGGGUGUUCUCAGCUGGAGAGAUACCGUCCAUUGUCUAUGAUGUUUGUCUCAAGAACUCUUUUGCUAAACCCGUUAAGGUUUGGGUACAGGAUCAGGUGUUUCUUGCCUGUGUAGGACUUUCUCAGAAAAUGCAUGUUUUUCUUUCUGUCUAAAAAGAAAAAUAUUUAGGGAGUGAGACGUAUGGGUAACCCCUUGAGUACCAGGGUUGAAUGUAUCACACUAUGUUUUGCAAUAUUUGCAUGGUUUAUAAGUUAGGGUACAGCACUGACUGAUUAUGUUAAGUAAGCCAUAUUAAUUUGGCUAAUUUAUGCUUUUCGUGCAUUUUCUAUAGAAAUGCUGUUUUGUUUCUCUUUUUUGGGGAAGGUUGAUUGUUUCUUUCAGCAACUGAAUUGUUGAUAUAUGUUUAUUUUAUAUAAAUUAUAUAGCUGUCUCAUUAACUCUUUGAGUGCCCAUGGGUAAUCCAGUGGGUUAAGUGAGAUCGUAAGGCUCUUUGCUAGUGUAAAUUAUUGUAUAUAAACAAAGUUCUUUUUUAUUCCUUUAAGGGAAAAAACUAUUUGAUUCCAAUGAAAUCAGUCAAUGUAUUUAUUGAGAUUCUUGUAUGCUUUUGUAUUAUGUCAGUAAUACUACCUGGAUACAUGUGCAUUCUGAAAUUAUUCUUUUAAUAUGUGUGCAAUACAGUGAAUAAAACUCAGAAAUGUAUUCAUUUA